AUCCUGGAGAUGAAGGGACAAAAGCUAGAAUGGAAUUCAGAUUCAGGUGCCUUAGCUGGACCAAUUGUUGAUCCACAUGUGACGGCAGUUUGGGGGAAGAAGGUUGCACUGAAAUGCAUAAUUGAUGUAAAUGAGACAAUUACGCAAGUGUCUUGGGAGAAGAUGUAUGGUAAAAGUUCACGGACUAUUGCUGUUCACCAUCCGGAAUAUGGAAUUUCUAUUCAAGGAGAAUACCAAGGAAGAGCGGCAUUUAAAAAUUACUCUCUUACUGAUGCGACCAUCAUCUUAAAAAACGUAAGCUUUUCUGAUGCGGGAGAAUAUAUUUGCAAGGCAGCCACCUUUCCCCUUGGAAAUGCACAGUCAUCAACAAUUGUAACAGUACUAGUUGAACCUGUUGUGAGCUUAACAAAAGGAUCAAAUCCUCUGAUAGAUGGUGCGAAUCAGACAGUAGCAGCAAUUUGUACAGCAGCCACUGGAAAACCCGCUGCAGAGAUUGACUGGGAAGGAGGUCUUGGUGAAAUGGAAUCCAGCUCCACGUCCUUUCCAAAUGAGACGGUGACAGUUGUAAGUCAGUACAUCAUUGUCCCGACACGGUUUGCAAGAGGAAGACGUGUAACGUGUGUGGUGAGGCACCCGGCUUUGCCAAAGGAGAUACGAUACUCUCAAGUUUUGGACAUACAGUAUGCGCCAGAAGUUUCCGUAACUGGCUAUGAUGGAAACUGGUUCAUUGGAAGAGAAAAUGUUCAACUCAAAUGUAAUGCUGAUGCAAAUCCUUUACCUGUGGAACUUGUGUGGACCAGACUCGAUGGGCAGUGGCCUGAAGGAUUGCUCUCUGUCAACAACACUCUGCAGUUCAACAGCCCAUUGACUUACAACUACACUGGGACUUACAUCUGUAAGGUGACCAAUUCCCUUGGUCAAAGAAGUGAUCAGAAGACUAUUUACAUAUUGGAUGUGCCAUAUAAGCAGAUAUCCUCUGUUGCUGUAGCAGGGGCUGUGAUUGGAGCAGUCCUUGCUCUUUUUAUCAUUACCAUCUUUGUGACAGUGCUGCUGACUCCAAGGAAGAAAAGGCCAUCGUAUCUUGACAAAGUGAUUGAUCUUCCACCCACUCAYAAACCAUCCUCUUCAUGUGAGGAGAGAGUGUUCUCUGUACCACAGAAAGAAGUUAUGCGCCAGAGAGAAAAUUUUGUUUCGCAAAGCCAAUACAGAGAGAGAGAUACUGGAAAUUUGCAGUACAUGAAAGCUGUGAAUGGAAGACAACUUAACUACGAGCCUGAAGAACUCCAGGAACAAGAGAGUCUUCAGCAACCRUACCCUGUUUAUGAGCAACCAUACUACAAAAAUUGGAGUAGUAGACAUGUUCAGAACUCAGGGUCUGGAAGUGUCUACAUCAAUCCCAGGGAGCAUUAUGUAUGAUUGUCUACAGAUACUAGCUCUAAGAUGCACAGUUUUUAACACUUGUUGACUGUAUGUCCAAUGUGUUUUAGUGGCUUUUAUCUCUAAAAGAAUUCGUCUGUUUUUCCUGUGGGAAGAACUGGCAUGGAGAAUUUUGUGUAGAUAAAGUCUAUGAAAUUUAUGACUUAACUGGCUUCUAGCAUUUAGUAGGUAUUUGUUUCAGUUGUGUUCAUACAAUAUCAGUCUGCCAGAAAGGGAACCCCAUCUGGUUUUCUUACCCUUUAUCUUAAAGUGUAUGAAUUGCAGAUGAAUUGGCUGACACAUCCCAGAAUGUAGUUUGACUAUUUUUAUCCUUGUUAUUUCUAUGACUAUUCUCUUUCCCCUUCUUGCUCCCUGAACGGAUAUUUUGAAUGGAAAUUACUGAUGUAAAAAUGAGUAAAUAAGAGCAAGUGAACUGAAUCCUGGGUUAAAUAAGCAGUCACAGGCGGUGAAUCAGUUUUUGUUGCAUCUUUUUGGAGAACAUGGGAUAAUGGUAAUUUUGACUGGCCACAGCUAUUGUUGUCUCUGCUGCUUCUACCUCUCCCAGUCAAACGAACAACUAGACUACCUCUCUGCUACCGUUGUGUUUCAUAACAUACGUGUGUGUCUUCCCACCUUGUAAAAACCCGAGGCAAUUUCCUUGCACAGAACUUUCUUUUUUCCUUUCAUUUUGAUCUUGGCUACCAACUGAUGUGCUUACUGGUCGUAGUUAAGAUUUAGUUUCAGCAAGCGGGUUAUUAGGCUGACAAAGCUCUUCCUAAAAGUCUCUCAUAUAACUGCACCUUAUCUACAAAUUGCUCUUAGCCAUUUUUCCAAGGAUUGCUGUGUUUAAAUCAUUGUGGACUUCGCUGUUGCUUGAUAAUAAAUACUCUUCAUGUUAUUUGGUUUCYUCUCGGUUUGCUGGUAAAAUCCUGCCUGGCAUAUGUUCUUGUAUCUUAGCAAGGGAAGGAAGACUUGUAGGCUUGCAGUGCUAGUAGUUCUCAGCCCUAACCUAUAAUGUUAGAUUGGGAGUGGGGAAAAAAAAGGUGUAUAUCAUGUGUUGAUGCAGAAAUGAGCCCAUGUGACAAUCAGUGUAAUUUAAGACAGAAAAAAACUUAAGCGUAAGUAUUGGAAAAGGGAGUUUCAAUCAGAUGAUCUUGAAAUUAAAUAUGGAAAGGAAUGGCUGUUUUUCAUACUAAACUAACUUUGAUUUUAAGCAUGACUUGUGCAAUAUUGGAAUGUUUUAUCUACAGAUUUGCUUUUUUAUUUUUUUUAGGGGAGGGGGAGGAAUCUUGGUUAUAGAAGCAGUAGAAUUGAAAAAUAGUAUGGUUGCAUGUGCUGCAGACACAGUGCUAUUUUAAAACCUGUAUUCAUCUCUAACAUUGUGAAGUUAAUGAGGUUAUUUCUGGUGUAUAAGUGUAGAUCCCACAAUAGGAGAACUACAAUAGGGUUAGGUAAGUAUUUCUGGUUUGUACAGAUAGUGGUUAGAAGCUCAUGGUUUAGGUCCCCGUGUUCAGGAAACUGUACAAAGGACAUUGACUGUUCUCUUACCAAGCAGCUUAAUACUGUAUGGACAUGUUGAAGUUCACUACCAAGCUGGCAAGGAAAAGRACUGAGAAGAAAUACUGUUUCUGGGGAGCUUUCUGUCAACCACCUCUUUCAGCUUGUUCUUCUCUGGAUGGAUAUGCAUGUAGAUGUAGACACUGAGCAACUCUCAACGUCAAAGCCUGCUGCUGUGUUAGAGAUCUAAGAAGAAUUUACGUACCCCAAAUUUAUAUAUUUCAAUAAUGCCAAUUUAAGUUGCUGCCUCUUUCCACAAYUGUUGCCUCAUUUAUCCGUAUGUUACUGCAACUCCAGAAAAGCUUUUGGGAGAACAUGAAAAGAGAACAUAAUGCCUUGGCCCAAAAUUAAAGGAAAUAGAAUGACAAAAACCGGAGAUGUGUUAUAUUGUUUCAAAUAGCCUAACCAAUAUUACUGAGCAUUUUAAAAAAUGUUCAUUACGCAAAAUUCAUUAGUUCAGUGUGAUCAUUUAAACUCCUGUCAUCUUGGCAGAUGAUCUCCAAAUCAUCUGUCAAAACAGAUGAUAAAUAAAUUCUUACUCUUUGAGUCGUUCUUCUACUUAUGUUUAUGCCUAUUGCCAGAUAUAUUUUAGUUGAAAAAGUUUAAAUUUGGGGGACCUGAAGGAGAGAGAAAGAAAGAAUGUUAUCAAAAUGAUGUAUUAUCAUAACAUUCUCCCUUAGCUUUCUGUGUAGUGUUGAAUUGCCCUUCAAGGUUGUAAAAAUGCAAGUAAGACUGUAAGAGCCCAACUGUAUUGCUCAAGUUAUAGGAACAAACGUCAAAAAACAACUUGARUUGCAAACUGUCUUUCAGCCUAUAGUUUAGUUUGCCCUAAAGCAAUCAGAGAGAUAUAUUACUGUGCUUAUUACCUCUAGAAACUUAAGCAGGGGGAGAGGGA